AUUACUCACCGAUUCCCAUCAGUGACAUUUCCUUCUUUCACACAGAAGCGGAGCUACAAAUGGGCCAGUCCACCCACACAGUGCGCCAGUGUGAUAGACUCCGUCUGAACCUGCUGCAGCACGAAAGCUACUCUCUCAUAUCUUAUUUUUCUUGAUAUUAAAGAACAAUGGUCAUUAAAUGCUGGUUGACUCAUCUGAUGCUGCUCCUUAUAACCUGGAAGGAAAGCCUGAAUUGCAGUGGACUUACAGUGGAUCCUCCUGAGAACCUUACAGUGGUAGACCCUGGUCAUUUUGGACAUCUGGAGAUCUCAUGGAGUCCCCCAGGUAGCCUGAUUAACAUGACAAACUGCUCAACAGUGUAUCACCUGGAAUACUUCAACACUUACAAGAACAGCUGGAAUGCCGCCAGGAUGAGUAUAAGGAGCUACAGUGUCCAGUUUGAUCUGAUGAAAGACAUUAAAGUGAGAGUGUUCACUAUACUGGACGGACCCUGCACCAACAACAAAAUGAUCAAGAGCACAAACUACACUGAACUGAUUCAGAAACCUCCCAGCACAGGAAUUGUGGAUACUGAAGUCCAGGAUUUUAUCUGUCUGUUCCAUAACAUGGAGUACCUGGAAUGCAAGUGGAGAAGAAACCCAAAGACACCGGCCAACUCAAAGCAUAAUCUGUAUUUCUGGCACAAAAAACUGGCUCAGGCAGUUGACUGUCCGAACUACAUUGUGUCAAGCGGUGACAGAAGCGGCUGCAACUUCACAGGAACCUCUCUCCCUAAAUUCACUGAUAUCAACUUCUGUGUAAAUGGCUCCUCUCCUAAAGGGCCCCUGAAACCAGCAUUUUUCUCCCUGCAAAUCCAAAACCACGUGAAGCCUGCAAUCGCAAACAAGCUGCGUGUGCAAACAGGCCCAGACAUGGAACUGCGACUACAGUGGGAGUGUCCUGCUGGGAGUGUUCCUGGACACUGCCUGGAAUGGGAAGUGGAACACAGUCAAAAGGGAAAAACACCACCGACAAAGAGUGUCACCAGACAGACCAGCCUGACUCUAACCUCUGUCCACAAGUCUGAGAGAAACUGCUUCAGGGUUCGAUCCAAACUCAGCAAGUACUGUGCAGACAAAAGCUUUUGGAGUGACUGGAGUCAACCAAUAUGCGACCAAGAAAAGAAAGAGAUCGCACCUGAACCACAGCCAAGUGUGGUACCUGUCUACAUAUGUAUUGCUGCUGCCAUCAUUGCCAUGCUGGUCCUGUCUCUGUGUGUGGGGGCAGCACUCAAAGUGAAGAAAUCAAGACAAGAGAAGAGGCCGAACGCUCUGCUCGCCACCCUAUUUCCCAGAAAUGUCACUGUUACAGCCGGAGAGGCCUAAAAGGGCGAGUAAACCUUCAUGGCUCUCAGAGAGUGCUCCUAUGUUACUGUUGCGCUCCUCCUCUCUCACUGUUCAGGGUCUAUGGUUGCAAUCAGAGAGAUUACAGCCACUGCUACCACAUUACUGAAUAUAUUCCAUGUUUGACUGAAGGUCACAGUGUGUUAUUCCAACUUAAAGUACUGCAGUUGCCUUUUCUAUUUGCUACUUCAUACAAAUUCUUGAAUUUACAUGAACUGUUUGAACCAUGUCAUGUUGACCUGGAAAUGUUACUGAGAAAAGUCCCUCGUUUCAGGACCUUUCAGUUGGUUGUUUACUUUUAUGGGCUGAUUCAGUCAACAGGGUUUACUUUGCAGAUGUUGCAGUUACUUAUUCUUUGGGAAUUUGUUUUUGAAGUUUCACCGUUUGCCAGAUAUCUUGCCAGUUGAUUCAUCAACAUGGGUCUAUUUAAUUGUGAGACGUAAAAAAAUUUUUUAUUGAAAUUUGUUUCAUGGUUUAUUGUGUCUUGCUAUUUUAUUGUUUACUGGGUGCCUCAAGUCUUGCCAAUCAGCUCAGACAAUAAAACGGUUUGGCCUGUUAGUGCACAGAGCAGGGUUAAUACAUGUGUUAGAGUUUUGCGUCUUUACUAAGCACUUAUAGCCAGUGAAGUUGUUAAUCAUCUGAACAGUUCCAAAUGUAAAUGAAUGAUUCAGACUAAAUGUCUCAAGUGUUCUGAAUGCCACAAGCACUUGCCAGUUUUUGCUUCGCUGUAUUUUUUUUGUUUUUGUUUUGGGGUUACUAUAACCAUUUUUGUUCCACACGUACAAAAAUCCAGAAUGCAUUCAACAUUAAACUUAAAGUACUUCAUGCUCCGUUUGACUUUUAUAUGUUUUAUUCUAAUAAACGGUAGAGUUGGUCCA